UAUCAAGGCAAAGACCUCCCCACGAUGGAGGAUUCUAUUGACCAGAACCUACUGUUCUGGCUCAACUACCUCCAGAAGCAUGCUCUGACGACAUCCGACCGCUAUGUUGCAUUUGACAUGGCGCGUAGCAUGCAAUGGCUGCUUUUCGACAUGGUCUGCCACUUGGUUCUUGGCCACUCCGUGGGCUUCAUCAAUGAACAUGAGGACUGUUACGGAUUCCAAAAUGUCCUGGAAACCCGUCUCCCCAUUGUGGAGAAGUUUGCUGUAUUAACUGAAAUCAAUGCAUGGAUCAAGAUGAUUUCCUGCAUACCGAUCGUGCGUCGGGUGUUACCCUCGCCCCAGGACCGGGACGGCAUCGGCGCAAUUCUUGGGGUUGCACAGAAAACGGUUCAUGCCCGCCUGGCGCAGGGCGUUCUACCUAAGCAUAACGAAACAAUGUUGGAUUCCUGGCUGCGCAACGGCGUCGACGGUUCAUUGGCUGUUUCCGAAGUUACAAUUGCCCUCUUCGCAGGAUCCGACACGACCGCGACUUCCAUCCGCGCUUUACUUCUUCACCUCAUCAGCAAUCCGCUUGUGUAUGCGCGGUUGACAGAGGAGAUCCGCAGAGCAGAUGCCAACGGCUCCCUGACUAGCCCUGUUGUGACCGAACGAGAGACUAAAGCAUUGAUAUACCUUCAGGCAUGUAUCCUCGAAGGGCUGCGUGUAUUCCCACCCAUCACUGCGUUGCGCGAGCGCGUAGUUCCAUCAGGUGGCGAUACAUUAAACGGAGUUUAUAUCCCUGAAGGCACAAAUAUAGGGCUCAACCUUCCGGGUCUGUUGCGUAACGAGGUCUUCGGGCCGGACCCUGAUGCUUUUCGCCCCGAACGAUGGCUGGACGCAACGCCCGAGCAGCGACAACGCAUGGAUCGGGUCCACGAGCUCAUAUUCAACUGGGGAAGUACGCGCUGUUUGGGAAUUCGGCUGGCGCAGAUGAUGAUGGGUAAGGUGGUGGUUGAGCUGUUCCGUCGCUGGGACCUGGUUACGCAGCGGCCUCAGCGGCCGUGGAAUAGUCGAUGUCAUGGUAUCUUCCUUCAGAAAGAUUUUGAUAUUCGCAUCACGGCAGCACUCUCCGUAUUACCUGAGCAGAAGAGCUGGAAUGGAGGAAGAUGACUUUUUCCUUUUCUUUUUUCUUCUUUUCUUUUUUUGUUUUUCAUUCCUGUUGCACUUCAGGAGAGCUUGUGGUAGCACAGUGGUUAGAGAGGUCAUUGAAAGUCGGGUGAAUUACCAACGUGUUGUUUAAU